AUGGGGGAUUUUUCUACUGAACGAGUCACAGUCAGUUUUCCUUUUGAAAAAACUGGAGUUGACUGUGCCCGACCAUUCGCAGUAAAACGGACUAUUGGACGCUGCUAUCGUACCAGUAAGGGAUACAUCGCGCUCUUCAUCUGCUUGAGUUCAAAGGCGGUUCAUCUUGAGGUAGUCGGAGAUCUCCCCACUCAAUCGUUUCUAGCCGCACUCCGACGCUUGGCUGGUCGUCGAGGUGCCCCUCGUAAGAUAUGGAGCGACAAUGCCACCACAUUUCACGGUGCUGAUGCCGAACUUCGCUCGAUACUACGAGAAGCAGAAUCUGACUGGAACCUGGUGCAGGAUUCAUCGGCAAACAGGGGGAUUAAGUGUAAAUUCAUCCCACCAUCUGCUUCUCACUUUGGCGGCUUGUGCGAGUCCAAUAUCAAGUCGACAAAAUCCCUCAUGAAGAAAGUCAUUGGAACUCAAAAUCUCACCUAUCAAGAGUUGUCCACUCUCGCUGUAGAGAUUGAAGAAUGCAUGACCUUCCGGCCUCUGCUUUCAAUUGCGGGCGACCCCGAAGAUCUCGAUGUCUUAACUCCAGGUCAUGCUCUCGUAGGUAGAACACUGGAACAAAUUCCUAGAGCAACAACCUCUGAUAAGGAACUGAACAAGGUCACUCACUGGCGACUGGUUCAAGCAAUGCGUGAUCAGUUUUGGAAGCGCUGGUCUCAUGAGUACCUUCACACGCUUCUACAAAGAAAUAAGUGGACUCUGCCGAAACGUAAUCUUCAAAUUGGAGACGUCGUGCUGAUUGUCGACCCUUUCUUAAUUCGACGUGGGACAUGGCCUUUAGCACGGGUCACCGAUGUCAGCGCCGGACAGGACGGACUUGUGUGA